CAGCGGGCUGCGGAGGGGGAAGCGCAUGCGCUCCGCACAUGGGACAGGGAGAGGCGGCCGAGGAGCCUAACGUGCGGCUUCGCCCUCCCAUGCAGAGGAGGAGGAGGAGGAGGGGGCGGUGCCGUACGCGCUUGGAAGAGCCGGGGGGCGUGGCUUUCCUCAGUAGUCCCAGCUCGGAAGGAAGUGACAGCAGCGGCGCCGAAGAAAUUUGGUGGCGCGUACAACGGCGCGCGAAGAUACCGGCCGUACGCACGCGCCGGCCGGCCCGCCCACGCCAGGCGCAGGCGCAAGGAACAUCUUUAGAGCGCACGCGCGGGAGCUCAGCGGGGCUGCCGUCGCUGGCCGCCAUGGAACGGAAAGUUUUAGCAUUGCAAGCCCGAAAAAAACGGACCAAAGCCAAGAAAGAAAAGGCCCAGAGAAAGCCUGAAACUCAACAUCGUGGCCCUAGUGCCCAUGCAGAGAAUGACCUUCCUGAACAAGAAGAAGAAAUACUGGGGUCAGAUGAUGAUGAGCAAGAAGAUCCCAAUGAUUAUUGCAAAGGUGGUUAUCAUCUAGUAAAAAUAGGAGAUCUGUUCAAUGGAAGAUACCAUGUAAUCCGAAAACUGGGAUGGGGACAUUUUUCUACAGUGUGGUUAUCAUGGGACAUCCAGGGGAAGAGGUUUGUGGCAAUGAAAGUUGUAAAGAGUGCUGAACAUUACACAGAAACAGCUUUGGAUGAAAUUAAAUUGCUGAAAUCUGUCCGCAACACUGACCCAGAUGAUCCAAAUCGAGACAGAGUAGUUCAGCUUUUAGAUGACUUCAAAAUCUCAGGAAUUAAUGGUUCCCAUAUUUGUAUGGUAUUUGAAGUUUUAGGGCAUCAUCUUCUGAAAUGGAUCAUCAAAUCAAAUUAUCAGGGGCUUCCACUACUUUGUGUAAAACAAAUCAUCCUUCAGGUCUUGCAAGGUCUGGAUUAUUUGCAUUCUAAAUGUCGGAUUAUCCAUACUGAUAUUAAACCAGAAAACAUUUUGCUGUGUGUUAAUGACCAGUACGUCCGUAAACUAGCUGCAGAAGCUACAGAGUGGCAAAGAUCUGGAGCCCCUCCGCCUUCUGGCUCUGCAGUGAGUACUGCACCACAGCCCAAACCAGCUGACAAAAUGUCCAAAAAUAAGAAAAAGAAAUUGAAAAAAAAGCAGAAACGACAAGCUGAACUAUUGGAGAAGCGAAUACAAGAAAUUGAAGAGAUGGAGAAGGAAACAAAUCCUCUGCAAACUGAGUCUGAAGAACAACAAGAAGGGGAGAGACCAGUUGAGCUAAUUUUAAAAGAGAGUUCCCCAGAUGAGGGACUGUCAGCAAAGACAGAGCAAAGUAGCUUAAUGGAGGGAAUUGAAAAAUGUGUAACAGAAAUUAAUUGCAAUGGAUUGGUGCAAAUGUCUACUUUCUCGAAAUCCAUCAGUCAAGUGUCUGUGAAACUCGAGGAUGACGUUCAUAAUGCCAAUGAUUUCACUGGCCCUUCUCAAGAGCAGGAAGAAGAGAGCAGUGCUUAUAGCCAAAGCAAUGGUGGUUCAGAGAACCUAAUACAGGAAGCAAUAUCACAGCUUCCUGUACCCUUAAUUUCAGAGGUUCUGGAUUCAAUGGUUUGUCAGGAAUCCACAUGUGAGGAACAAUAUUUAAAUGCACAGCAGAUCAUCCAAUUACAAGAAAGCAUCAGGUCAGAAAUUCCUUCAGAAGAUGAGAAUGAAAAUAACGGGUCUUCUGAAAACAGUAAAGAAAAAGCUGCUGCUGGAAGUUUCCUCCUUAAUCCACUUGAACCUGGGAAUGCAGAUAAACUCAAAGUGAAGAUAGCUGAUCUAGGAAAUGCUUGCUGGGUGCAUAAACAUUUUACGGAGGACAUUCAGACAAGGCAAUAUAGAGCUUUGGAAGUACUAAUUGGAGCAGGAUAUAGCACUCCAGCUGAUGUUUGGAGCACUGCCUGCAUGGCCUUUGAACUGGCUACAGGUGACUAUUUGUUUGAGCCUCACUCUGGUGAAGAUUACUCUCGGGAUGAAGAUCAUAUUGCAUUGAUUAUAGAACUUCUGGGAAAAAUACCUCGUAAGCUCAUUGUAGCUGGAAAAUAUUCCAAGGAGUUUUUCACCAAAAAAGGUGAUCUGAAGCACAUUACUAAAUUAAAGCCAUGGGGUCUCUUUGAAGUAUUGGUGGAAAAAUAUGAAUGGUCCCAAGAUGAUGCAGCUGCAUUCACAGACUUCUUAUUACCUAUGCUGGAGCUGAAUCCUGAAAAAAGAGCUACAGCAGCACAGUGUCUCAGGCAUCCCUGGCUCAACCCCUAAACACUCCAGUCUGAUAUGGUGGCCCUCUCAUUGGGUUACGGCAUAAAAUGUAUAAACACACACAAACACACACACACACCUAGAUGUCCCAGCUGUCCCUUUUCCUUCUUCCAGGUCAACUUUUUCCUUGUUGAUUUUCAGAGUGAAACUUCUCCUUGAAGGCUUUUUAGAUUUUAGAUAAAUCUAACUGUUCAUGUGAGAUUGUGUAUUUGACUUGGUGGGGACUAUUAUUAGCCAGUGGACAUCCAAUAUGAUUUGCAGUGACUGGAGUUUGCCAAAGAAUUUUUAUGGGAAUGUGAAAUUAUUGCGUAGUCUCUUCCUUACACAGAUACCUUACCUUGAAGGAAACCUUCAUGGGGAUAUACUCCCUUAAGUAUAUUGCAGUCAUCCCAAGGGGGAUGUGAAGAGCUUGUGAAUCCCUCCUUAGCUCACUGACUCUGGGAGUCAUUUCUUAGUGCACAUUCAGUUGCUGGCAGUAAGAGGAAAAGUAGCAGAUGGCACCAAGGUGGUAGCUCCAUGAGGAGCACUAGACUCAACUAAAUCCUUAGGUGUCUGCUCUGCUGCUUGGAUAACUUUUUUUCUUAUUUUUUUGGACAUACUUUUCUUUAGCCAUUGAAUCUUUUGAAAUUAUUUACAUAUAUAUAUAUAAAACAUAUACACACAUGCAUUUUUGAUCUUUGGUGCUCAGGGUAGUUCUGAGUCCAAUGAACUUUGCUCUCCAAAGAUGGGCCAUAUAAACCGGAAUAAGUUUCACAAGGGAAAUAAAAUGAAAGGAUGUGGUAAAAGUAACCAUUUCUGCAGUAUGGAUCUAUGCAUUUAUUGCCUGCAGAGGGGAGUCAGAGUACCCAAAUUCUAUGCCAGGUCUGUCCAAUACAUAGCCUUGGGCAAUAUUGCCAGCCUGAUAAAGUGGCACAAGAGUGCUUGAUAAAACAUCUCUGCAACCCAACCUGGAGUUCAAAAGUAGGAAUAUACCAAGUUUGUGGCAGUCCACUUGUUAUGUAGGCCUGCUUUAUGCCAUUGGUGUCAUAUUGGCCAUGUGUGAAAUUGUAUUUUUAUUAGAGAGCAGUUCUCAGAAAGAUAGAUUAUAUCCUUACUGUAAAAUAAGGAAAGGUGGUAUUAGUGCUAUCUUUUCAGCCUUGCUAUAUGCCCAGACCUAGAACCAACAAAUGUUAAUGAAUGUAAUGUUAUCAACUGUGUUAACUAGUCUAGAAUGCUAGACUUUAGAAAGUACCUUUUUAAAUAGAAUGUUGUUUUUACUUAUAUAUUAACUUCAGGACAAAUAGUCUUAAUUUUCUUCCAGUAGAGAUAAAGUGACAAUUCUGUUUUCAAAAUCAUUACAAAUAUACUGCUCAACAGAAUAUAUUGUAACUUUUAAACUCUAAGAAGAAGAACUGGUUGUGACUGAACCUUAUCAGAUUUUUUUAAAUUAGAAGAGUAUAAAACAUUUGUUAGUUUUACAGUAAGCAUCUCCUAGACUAUCCCUGGUUACGUUCUUUAAACGUCUUCUGUAUUCAGAUGUAAUGAUAGGUUUGGGGUAGCUGGGUCUUCAGUUGCCUUCCUAACAAUGGACCAAAUAGACUUUUGAGAUUAGAAAAUUCUCCCAAGGCUGGACAGUGCUAGAAAACUGAUACGUUUCAGGCACUGUUUGGACAAUUCAGUUCAUAUGUCAGUAGCAAAAUCAUUCUUUUCAUUGUGUGGCAAAUCCCAAUCUAGAGUCCUUUUAAGAUGCAUCCCUUUGCUGAAAAAAAAAAAAAUCUGGUUAGCAUGUGUUAACAAAGCACUAUAUCUCCUUUUUAGUUUAGUCAUGUAACAAGACUGUGGUUUUAGUAAAAUGUUUGUUUCCAUUUAGAAAAGCUUAAAUAAAGUUCUCUGUGCAUAAUCUUAAAAGGAAAAAGAGAUGUUCCAAAAGUUUUAAUUUUAUUCACAUUAUUUGGGGUAUCUUGCCUCCCAAAAGCACUUCUGUGCCUGUCUGUAAAAAGAUUUAGGAUAGAACUUAGAAUGUAUGUUAGUACUUCCUCUCUGAAUACUGUGAAGACAUUCUGGCAAGAAGAAUUGAACUUUGGUGACAAUGUAGCCUCAUUUGCAUACCCUGACUAUCUGACUAGAACAAGAGGCAUCUCUUGGUUGUAAUACAGGCUUAUUCUCCAAUGAAGGAGGCUGCUCAUAACUCUUUUGCACUAAAGAGACGUUCUGAAAUAGUACAAGUGGUAGCUUGUCUGGAUUGUCUGCAUACUUUGUAGUUCACAUCAGGUUCACUCAACUUCCAAAUUGCCAUUAAGUGCUCACUAACCAAUUUGUACUUGUUUUCUUGACCUAAACCUAGAAGGAAAAUACAUUUUUAUUCUUUCUAUUGGGUGUAUUGUCUUUUUUUCUUUGUAAAUAUCGCACAAUAAACAGAUUAUCCAAUAAUCCACAGAUACUUUG